CCAACAUCGAUCAGAGCAUCAUGUACAAGAAGCUUCCCUUCUGUAUCUUUGCAGUCCUGCUGGUCUGCUUUGCGUCGACUCUCGCUUUUGCAAACGAAUAUAGCAACGAAAUUGCAACAACCAUUGUUGACUUGCCUGUCCAUUUCAAAAACGUCAAGACAAUCCGAACAAUUGAUCUCAGGUCCACUGUUGUACGCGAAGACAUUGGCAUUCGAGCCGAAAACAUUGAUAGCCAACCUCAGACCGAAUACUAUGUACCACUCCCUGAAGAAUAUGACAACAAGGUUGCUCAUUUCACCGCUACCUUGAAGACGACUACCAAGGAAGCUUUGCCUGUCGAGAAGCUCGGCUUUGAUUCUACGAGAAAGAUCCAGAUAUACAAGAUUACUUUCCCUGAGCCUGUAGCACCAGGCAGCACAGUUGCCUUUGGCAUUAAGUUUGUUACCACCAAAAGUCUUAUUCCCAACCCAGAGACAAUUCCUCAAGUUGCCAGACAACACGUGGAGUACAACAACAACUUGUUCAUUUACUCUCUGUACCUAGUUGAGGAUAGCAAGACUACUGUUGUUCUUCCUCCUAACGGUAAUGUUGUCACUUUCACCGAGACCACCGAAUCAUUCUCAAGAUCUGGUAACAAGAUUAUUUAUGGACCCUACCACAACAUCGAUCCAUUGGUCUAUAGCGAAAUGCACAUCCAUUACGAGCAAUCUCAGCCUAUUCUCACCGUUACCAAUCUUGUUCGCGACAUUCAGGUGUCUCACUUGGGCGGUAACUUGGCUGUGGAGGAGCGUUAUCCCUUAAGACACGAUGGUGCACGCUUGGAAAAGCAAUUUAGCCGUGUCGAGUUCCAGCAGUCUGCAGGAGUGCACGAUCACACCAACGUUUUGAAGCAGCUUACUUUCCAACUACCUGCUAGCGCUCGUGACGUAUACUAUCGUGAUGAUAUUGGCAAUGUUUCAACUUCCCAUGUUCGCAAUCAAGUAGGCAGUACCCUUCUCGAAAUUACUCCUCGUUAUCCUCUUUUCGGAGGAUGGAAUUACACAUGGUUCCAUGGAUACAAUGCUGAUCUUGGUGAAUUCUUGCAUUAUAACAAGCGUGCUGGACGGUACAUCCUCAAUUUGAAACUUGUGGAAAACGCCAAGAAGAUGUCAUUUGAACAUGUUAAACUGAAUGUGGUUUUACCCGAGGGUGCAACAGAUGUUCAAGUUGAGGCACCUUUCGACUUUGAUGGAGUCACCCACAGCAAGCACUUCACUAAUCUCGACACCACCGGACGCUACCAGCUCACUCUGGACAAAUCCAACGUUGUUUCUGAGCACGAGGACUUUAUACAGAUUUCGUAUAAGUUCUCGUCAAUCCACCAUUUGCAAAAGCCAUUGGCGGCCUGUGCUGCGUUCUUCACCAUCUUUAUGAUGAGCAUUCUCAUUUCAAAGGUCAAGUUCACUAUCGGUGUUACCCAGGUCAUAAAGAAGACGGAGUAGAUAUGUUAGAAACUUCAGGACUCUUCUCACGUAUAUGGCGAACCAAAAUUUUAUAAAAUGUCUUCCAUCGCUUUUUCACUGUUUCAUGACUGGUUUUGAUACAUUGGUAUGAACAUCGAUAAUCUCAGUACCAUUUUUUUAAUAGCCCUACGA